AUGGGCUUCCCCAAUGCGGCGGGGUUGCCAGCUUUCGCGGCGAUCCGACUGCUACGACACUGUGGGGUACAGUCAGCUGGCUCUCGUUCGACCGGCGAUGACAACUUUGCUUACUAUGAGGACCCUAUAGCGUGCGGCUUCUUUAUGCAAUCCGGAAGAGCACUAUCCAACACUGCCAAUGCCGACGUCCAAGGGACCAACUUCACAUUCGUUGCGCUCAAUCUCGGUUGCGAUUACCAAACAACAAGAUUGCUGAGUUGGAAUCGAGACAUCAAGCUGGUCAAGUUGCAAUGGUGCCGGCAACCAUUUACAACCGCCAAUGAAUACGGGUCUCUGGCACCGUAUCCGGUGCACAAUCUCACUCCAGAUCCAAAUCCGCAGGCUGCAUUGGUGGGCACCCUCAACACCGUCCGUGGCAUCUUCAAUUCGUGCCUGUACCGAAACAACUUGAACAUCCCCACCUUCCGCAAUGUCUAUGGCGAAAACCGCUCCAACAUCAACCCGCUGUGGUGGAUGGGCGCAUAUCAUGUGUCAGAUCUGGCGAUGAUGAUUGGGAUUUAUGGCAUUAGAGCUGGACAGCCGUCGCAGCUUGAAACCGAGACGAGCGCCGCAAUGCAAGAUUAUGUCCAUACCUUCGUCAAAAAAGAUGCGACCAAGGGUUAA